CUCUGGUGUGUGCAGGUAGCCUACUUUCUCUUCUUGCUGUGGAAAUAUGGCAACAACUGACUCAACCUUCAACCCAACCACAGAAAAUGACUCCUACUAUGACUACAGCGAUGAGCCUGAAGAUGAAAUGUGCGACAAAACAAGCGUCAUACAUUUUGGAGCGAUUGUCACUCCAGUGCUCUUCUCCAUCAUGGUCAUCCUCAGUCUGUUUGGCAACGUCCUGGUCAUUGUGAUUCUGGCCAAGUAUGAGAAUGUCAAAUCCCUCACCAACGCUUUCAUCCUGAACCUGGCUGUAUCGGAUCUCUUCUUCACCGCAGGUCUGCCCUUCUGGGCCUACAAUCAUGUGCAUGGAUGGACUUUAGGGGAACAUACAUGCAAAGUGGUCAGCUUUGUCUUCUACGUUGGUUUCUAUAGCAGUGGUAUCCUCCUCAUCCUGAUGACUGCUCACCGUUAUGUAGCUGUCAUGAAUCCUCUGUCUGACAUUGUGUCCACCACAGGCUCCCGUAGUAUCGUAGCGUGUGUGAUCGUUUGGGCUGUGAGUACAUUGGUCGCCAGUCCAGCCUUCAUUUUCACAAAAGUGGACCAGAAUCGUUGUGUACAAGCUAACUCUUAUUGGAAUUUAUGGGGAAUCUACCAGCAAAAUAUUUUCUUCAUAUUGAGUUCAGUGGUGUUCAUUUUUUGCUAUUCUCAGAUCAUGUGCAGGUUGCUGCGUCCUUCCGCACAAAGAAGAAAGAACAAAACUUUAAAACUAAUUUUUACUCUCACGGUUGUUUUCUUUGUGGGCUGGGCACCUUACAAUACAGUGAUAUUCCUAAAGUCCCUUGAUUCCAUGGAGCAACCACUUGCCAACUCAAAGACUUUGGUUGGAAUGUGUAAAGCAUCACAACUACUGGAUUACGCCUUUUACAUUAGCCGACUUCUAGCCUUUUCACACUGCUACCUCAACCCUGUGUUUUAUGUAUUUGUGGGGGUUAAAUUCAAAAACCACUUGAAGAAAAUGCUGAAAGGCUGGGGUCACAGGAAUAGCAGCCUCCGCAAUAGGCAUAGCCGACUCACAAUCACAUCGGUAACAAGUGGUGAAGAGUUAUCGAUGUAGUUGAUAUAGAGAGCAGAAAUGAAACCAGAAAUACCAGGUUCUAAGAGAGUGUCAUGCAAAUUCUGUCAAACCAUGAAAAGCAAACACAAAAUAAAAGCACAGAGAUUAUUGAGAUUAUUAUUGAUCAGCAAUAAUACGAGACACAAACUGAAACAGAUUUGGCAAACCCUGUCUGACAACCUGAACCUUAUAGUUUCUAGAAGACAUGAACAUUUAGUUUAAUUGGUCAUCACCCAAUCGGCCUUUUGACCAAUGAGUAUUCACAAAUGUGUUGACACAUUGUUAUGACACAAAUAACUCAAAAUGCUAGCUUACUAGCAGUAUGUCAUGUGGUCCUUUUCACCUGUCUAGAUAAGGAUAUAUAUAUAUAUAUACAGAUAAAAGGUAUAUAUGGCAUGAGAAGGGAGUUUUGAUGGCAUACUUUCUAUGUUGAAAAAAGAAAAAUAUAUUGCCUUCAGUUGUGGCACUGAGAUGCUGGUAAAUCUUUAUUGGAGAUGUAGUUUUUAUGUAUGCCCACUAAGUAAUUAUGUUUAACUUUGUUGAAGUCAAAAAGGUUUAAACUUCAAAUUUUCAGAAAGAUGGAUGAAAAUAUGCAGAAUGACACAGAACAGACGCUAGCCUGGAGAUGUUUCUUAGUAUGCUUACAUUUACUAAUUGGUACCAAGCACAGCUGAAAAGGCUAAUCGAAGAUAGUGAACAUGGUUAGCAUCAUACCUGCUAAACAUGUUAGCAUGGUCAUAGUGAGCAUGAUGUUAGCAAAGUAUAACAGAGCCACUAGCACCACUGUUUAUAUUAUUCACUUAAUAAGCUUACCCUGCUAAGUUGUCAAACUAGAAUUAGUUAUUUAAUAGCUGACAUAAACUCUGCAGCCUCUUUAUUAGGUACAGCUGUACACCUCUACAAAUCUGUUGAUCAUGCAGGCAUAAAAUAAUGCAGACAUGAUAUUUCGAAUGAGGAAGAAAUGUGAUCUAUGUGACUUUCUGUGAUAAAAAUGAUAUGUACUGUACAGUAUUUCAUCCGCAAUUACAUCCAAUAUUCACCUUGUGGUUUCCAGUCAAACUGUGCUGUUAUUAAAGAACAAUGAUCGUAUAUCCAUGUCCUGUAUUAUGUAUGUGCUUUGUAUGCAAGCUGAUUAAUUGAUAAUACAUCGAAUUAGAGAAAAUAUAUCUGUAUGUGAUUCACUUUGAUUAACUGCAUCUUACUUUUAUGUUUUCUUAUCAAUUAUUGAGAUGAAUUAUUCUUUAUUUUGGAUUUUCCUUUUCAACAUUUAGAAUUUUUUGUCUUCACAUGAU